AUGGUUUUUGAACCAUCUCCUUGGCCCCUCCAAGAAGCAUGGCGGCGCAUUUGCCAUGAGCAUGAUGAUACCGUAAAAGCCAUGGAUAGAGGCCUUCAACCGACGGAAGUAGGGUGGCUCUGCAGUAGAUGGAAGCUGCCACCAACGGGUUAUGUUAGUCUGUGUGUGGAUGGUAGCUAUCGAAGCCAUGAGCAUUGUAUGGGGGCAGGAGGGUUGCUGCGGGAUGAGCUAGGGCAGUGGGUGAGAGGUUUCCAGGCUUUCCAAGCAGGAGGGAACCCACUGUUAUCAGAAGCUUGGGCCUUGAAAUUAGGAUUACAGAUAACUUGGGAUGCAGGCUUCAGAGAUGUGAUUUGCAAUUUGGAUUGUGGUGAGCUUCUAAAAUCCUUGGGAGAGGUUGACAGCAGACGUUUCCUCCCUAUCUUGGAUGAUAUUAUUCAGUUAUUAGAUAGACCGUGGAGAGUCUCUUUGAGUGCCUUCAGCCGUGAUUGUAACAUGCCUGCUGACUGGUUAGCCAAAAGAGGAGCUUCGAACCCAGAACUGCCUUUUUGUCUGCUAGAUACUCCGCCUAUGGAGCUUGAAACCCUCAUUAUGAGGGAUCGUUUGGCUGCGUUGUAG